CUCAAUAUGUCUGCUCAAAACUCAGCGGGUAUCCAAACCCUCCUCGAUGCCGAGCGCGAAGCUCAGAAGAUUGUUCAGAAAGCUAGAGAAUACCGCACGAAACGAGUAAAAGACGCACGAAGCGAAGCCCAAAAGGAGAUUGAAGAAUACCGCAAAGAGAAGGACGAGGAGUUUCAGAAGUUUGAGAAGGAGCACACCUCCGGAAACAAGAAGGCCGAAGAAGAUGCCAACAAGGAGACCGACGAGAAGAUUAAGGAAAUCGAGGGAAUUGGCAAGAAAUCCGGACCGAAGGUUGUUGAGCAGUUGAUCAACGCUGUCACGAACGCUAAACCUGAGCCGCUACAUGCACAGUAAAUGCCAACUCGCGUUAAUUAAUACCACAACAUGUCUUUCAAACAUACGGGCCAGCUCAGAUGGAUUCUGGUCAAGGAAUUUGGUGUCUGAUGUUGAGUCUACGCCACGGACGAAUAGGGCAGCCUAGACCUGGUGCUCUCCGAUGUUAUCAGCAGGUCAAUUGAGAUAGAGACAAUCCCUAAGGAUGCUUUGGGAAGAGAG